AUGGAGCGCAACGGUAAAGAAGUGAACGCGCAUUUCAUUGAAAAUGAGAACAACAGAUCUAACGAAAAUUCCAGAUAUCCCAGCAAUGAAAGCAUUAAUAACAAUGGAAAUAUUCCACUGGGGAACCGAUUAGAUAGAGAAAUUACUCCACAAACAAACAACGCAUCUAGAACACAUGACAAAAGUCGAUCUCAAUCUUUAUUUAAUAUAGCAAAAUUUCACAAAACGAUAUCGAUGAUUGACGAUAACCACUUAAACGGAAUUGAAGAGAGUCCGAGAGAGAAAAGUUAUCGCAGGGGAUCGCUGCCCCUUGAACAGUCGAAUACUUCAAGUACAAUUACCAUGAAGGAUGCAUUUGGACCACAACUUAGCGAUGACUCUCAUAUGAAUCUACCUGGUACUCCACUGCCAUCUUUAGUUCAAGAAAACGAAGAAAUUCCAGAUAGUUCAGUGCCCGUUACUCCAGUAGAAAGAGAACAAGAGAAUCUAAUAAAAGAAGGUUUGGAACUAGAACUAGAACAUAAGGAUUUAUCAUUUGACGGAAAAACGUGGUUUCUGAAGAUCCAUUUACCGUGGAAAACGAAAACGAGGUAUGCAGCUUUAAUGGGAAUGAAAUUGCCUAUCAAAAGGUUUAUUACAAUAUCUGUAAAAGCAUGGGAUGAUAAAAAGGAAUCUAAUAAAGUAGAAACCAUGUAUUCGAAAUGGCAAAAACGAUGGAAGGAGUUCUUUGAAUUCAAUCAUGAUCUUAUCAAUAAAGAACCAUCUUUUUAUGAUGCUACUGAAGGAGGAGAUAGGGAAGAACAGUUUGUAGUAAAAGACCGAGUAACUGAGUAUUCCAGUGCGCAGAGGAGUUUAAUAGUUAUGCAGAUUCUGUUGAGGGUUAAAUUCGAUGACACUGACAAGGUUGGGAUUAGAAGGCUUUUAAAUGAUUACACAUAUUACGCUUGUUUUCCUUUACACGAAGGCAGAUGGAAUAAAGAUACCAGUGAUGGGAAAAUUCUAGACCGAAGGUUGCUGUACUUGGAAUGGGCUAGACCGGCCAAAUGGAUGAAAAGACAACCACUUAAUCUAGUACGAAAAUAUUUUGGAGAUAAAAUAGGUUUAUAUUUUUGUUGGUUAGGUUAUUAUACAAAAAUGCUCUACGCCCCAGCUGUAGUGGGAACUAUAUGUUUUUUGUAUGGGAUUUUUACUAUUGAUAGUAAUGACAAUAUUGCUACAAAAGAAAUUUGUGAUAGAAAUGGUCCGGGAAAUAUAACAUUAUGUCCAAUGUGUGAUAAAGCAUGCGACUACCAGAAAUUAUUCGAAAGUUGUAAAUUUGCUAGGUUAACGUAUUUAUUCGACAACCCUGCUACAGUCUUUUUCGCCAUUUUUAUGAGUCUGUGGGCUACCGUAUUUUUGGAAAUGUGGAGAAGGAAACAAAGUGUCAUACAAUGGGAAUGGGAUCUUCAAGCAACUGAUCAAGAUGAAGAGCCCAGACCAGUUCUCCAAUAUGGAUUCGUCACUCUAUUUGUAGCUGCAUUUCCUUUAGCUCCGUUAUGUGCCUUGUUAAACAAUAUAGCUGAAAUAAGAUUAGAUGCUUAUAAAAUGGUGACUCAAGCCCGAAGACCGUUAGCAGAAAGAGUUGAAGACAUUGGUGCUUGGUAUGGUAUACUGAGAGCAAUAACAUACGCAGCUGUUGUUUCCAAUGUGAUUUUUAACACAAGCGACUACAGAGAGGAUAUGAGAGCUGAUAUACCAAAUCCUCCAGACCUUUGUCAAUAUAGAGGUAAUAAUUUGGUAAUUAAUGAAAAAACAAUGAUUUAUAAUAAUAAUUUAUUGCUAGGUUACCGGAAUGCACCCAACGAAACUGAUCCUUAUGGACUAAGUCCUCAAUACUGGCACGUGUUCGCAGGCAGACUAGCAUUUGUUGUAGUGUUUGAGCUAAAAACUCAAAUCCAAAGAGAAACUUUGUUAGCCAAAGAAGCCAAAUAUGAGCACGGUCUGAAGAAGAGCGACUACGAUUACGAGGAGCUGAUGCAAACUUUCAGGGACAACAAUAACACAUCGAGGGGUGAAAACCGAGCAGGUAUGCGGGGUUCUUGGGCGAGAAGAUUAAGUCGAUUAUCCGAUGGAUUAGAUGCACACGUAGAAGUGACCAGUCGAAAACGAAAUUCGGUAGAGAACACAGUUUGGGAAGCGUCUUAUUGA